CAAUUUUGGUUGGAUCUGUUGACAAUGUCAAAUGAAUUGACGACUAUGUCGAUGAAUUGUUUUGAAAAGCCAGCUGGAGUGUUAUUUUCAAUAUGAUCACUGUGUUAUUGAAAAGUUAUUUAAUUAAAUGGAUAUUACUGUACAUGUUAUUACUGUCCGCAUUAAAUUGCGACAUGGAUGCUCAGCGCUCCCAAGUUGAAGUCCGGGCUGUAUUUAUUGAUUGUGAACCUAAUAAUAGAAAAGGCACGUCUGACGAUAGCGACAACGCCCGAUUCCAACGUGAAGAACUUUUCAAACAUAACAAUUUACGAGAAUGUAAAAAGAAAUUGGCUCUUACUGUGAAAAUGACAAGCGAACCUGGAACAAGUUCCGGCGACGAAUACAUACCAAUUGAGCACGUGUUUGAUGGUUCGAAAAGAAAGCGGGUGCGCUUACUCGACCCGUUCGUGUUGAGAUUACGACGAGAGGCGCCGGUACAGGCCUACAAGAUACAUAGGAUAGACACUGUGAGCGGUAUAUUAUCAAAUACAGAAGGUGAACAGGCGCUACGUAAAAAGAGCAAAAACAGCCGAGUACAUGACUCUAAAACGAUAGUCCAUAGUUCAGAUAGUUACAAAUAUCAAACAGUGCACACGUUGGAGCGAAAAAAACGAGUGCAUCCUUUUCCAAAUAUGACUAUCGACGAUAUUUCCACUGUACCUUCGUAUUUACAAGAUCCUAAUUUUGUUUGUCGGGGUGAUUGUAAAAGUACACCAAUGUCUAAACAAGUAAAACGACAAAAGAUACCAUCAUCUGCAGAAUAUUUCGACGCGGAUCAAAUUUCGUAUUGGAAUAGACACGAUUACAAUCAAAUUCCUUUCCAAGAUAGAGAUACGCGGGAUAUUUUUAAAAAACGGCGUCAGCUCAGUAUGAGAAAAAGAGGAAAUCGAGGAUUUUCUUUCAACGACAAACAAGAGAGCAACUACGACAUUCCAACAUUAGAUGAUACAACAUACGGAACACUACAACAAGACAAUUUUAAUAAAAAUUUAAUCAAUGAAUUUUACGAUCCUUACAAAAUGGAGUCAACAAAAUUUAAUCAAUUUUAUACAAAAAAUGCUUUCGAAAUAGAUGAAGAAACUACAACCGAUAUAACAAACGAAUAUCCAAAAGUAAGAAAUGAUGAAAAGCAAUACGCAGUUUAUGAAAUCGGUAACCCUGAUUUGUGGUAUACCGUGAACAUUCAAUUGUACGAAAAGUUAAGUACACCGGAAGGAAAAACUGUUUGGAAUGAUAUAACGAAGGAAGAUGUAGCUAGUGUGAGCACUCAACACCCGGUGUGGAGCAACCAGGACAUGAGUAUCCAGUACCGACCCGCGGAGUGGAUGUCUCACGAAGAGUUCGCACUGCCCAAAACAAGUCUCUGUCUACUGAUACCAAUACGCGGGACUAACAUAGCUAACCCGGAUCAUAACACGGAUUCACUAAUAGAUAAAUUUGGUGAAUUCCUGGUGCUAGCCAUAGAUGACAUCCUUUUUGAGGAUACAAAAAACAUGAAACAUAAUUCAUCAAAUCUGCCUUUGAGUAACGUAUCUCAAGAAUUUAAGAUACCUCGUCGUGUUGUUAUUCGGGAGUCGCGGGCGGUGAUGGGCGGCAACAUGGAGAGUCUUAUGUUCGCGUCACGCGGUUCCGACCAGUACAUGUUGAUACCACACCGACGCCCACACCACUCGCAAAUCGACGUCGAAUCUCGUGCUGAUGGAAACCAAUUAAUCCAUGUCGGAUCUUCUGGACGCAUAAUGACAGCCGUGUCGGACAAUACACGGCGAACAAGAACAGCGCUUACUUUGCAAGUUACUAAUACUGGACUGGCCGCUGCUCGCUUUAGAGUGGCUGCCCGCGAUUGUGGCCCCGGUGUACUUGAUCAGGUAGGCUACAAGGAGCCUGUCGCAAAGGCAGUGCUCAUACCGCCGAAGCAAACCCAACGCUUCCUCCUCGACCUGCCUUUCGAAAUACCCGACGACUCCGCACAUUGCUAUGUAACAUUGUUGAACGACGACGAUGAGUCUGUAGCGGUGAGAGACGUUACAAUCAAGAAAAAUGACCGGUGCUUUUGCGUGUGGCAUUGUAAAUGCGUCUGUUUAAGCGUGGAUCCAAAGCUGAUAUGUGAGGAGCUGGGAGAGGCGCAGCAGCUGGCGGCAGGGUUGAGUCCCGAACAGCGGCCGCGGCUGGUGCGCUCGCUCUGCUACUCUGACAGCGCCACUCUCAACGUCUGCGUCCUCGUCACCGGCGUGCUCGUCGCCUUGCUCGCCCUCGGUGUAAUUAAAGCAGUUUUGGGUCUGGUUAUACGAUGUGUUGCCGCAUUGUGGUUGGACCGUCUUGUAAAGAUGCCUCGGAGGCUCGAGCACUAUUAUGAGACCUCGCUACGAUACCGCCGUGUCAUUUAUGAUAAUGAAGGCUGGCCGGUACACCCAGACACAAAUAAGCGGACUGUUCAGUACAUCAGCAAGUCCAUGGAAUUCAUAUUGAAUUUAUUAUUCUUUAUUAUAAUACCGUGCGUUAUCGUGGGCGACGCAGUGCGCUACCUUAUUUCGAAGUGUACUAAUUCCGAAACCGUUCCCAGAACAAAACCGAAUGAAGUCAAAAAGAUAUACAGCGGACAAGAUAUUCAGGAAGUGAGACACUCUGCGAGGGCUCACUACAAAAAGUUGCGAACGUGGAUGAGCUCGUACGCGGAAGAACUGUCUGCCGACAUCUGGCAGAAAGGUUUAAGCAUUGAAGAAUCGCCCGAUCCCUUGACUAUGCGGCCCCUACUCCGCGACGACUGUUGCCGCAGUCGCAGGUCGGACGAAUUGCUAUCAUCGUGCGCCGACUCCGAACAAGACGACACUGAAUAUGUUCUUAUGCAGAUGCAGAAGAGUCGGGAAUCGCUUGCUAGAAGUCAAAGAAAACUUACAGAAGCGUCGUCGAAAAGUCAAUGGAAAGACGACAUGAUUCCUAGUACUAGUAAGCGAUAAGGAUAAAUAGCUGUUUAUUAUUGUAUAAAGCCUUAUUUGAAUUUGUGUUAUUCAGAAGUGCUAUUUUAAGUUUAUAUAGUUUAAACCCUUCCAUCUUUAUUUCAUAUGCUUUACUGUGUCAUUCUGUUGCGUUAUACUUAAUGUUUUAAUCAUGACUAUUUUUGAAAUAAAAUAGACGAUAUUUAACCUAUAUAAAUAAACCUACAGUGUUUUAUUUUGAAAACUUUCCAAAUUUUGACUGUAGACACAUCCUUGUAAAACGUAUUAUUAUCUUUGUUUUUCAAUGAGAAUGAGAAGGAUGCCAAUAUGUUAUUGCACAAGUGUGUGUUUGGGUAUAGGUUUGGAAAAAGAGGGAAUAAAGUGGUUAUAAAUAUAUAUAACACUUUCUCAACAUCGUGUUUUG